CAGAACCCCAUGCACCACCUGCACAGUCUUUGGUGGGUGUGGUAAAUGCAAAGAAAAGUGGGUGUAUAUCAGUAUUUGGCAUCUGAGAUACACCCACUUUUUUUGCAAAAACAAAACACAAUAUAUUUCAGAGUCUGAGAUAGAGAGCUAACUCUUCAAUCUAUGCUGCAAGGCACACAUUUAUAUAUUUACUGGAAUGGCUACUAAAGAGCAGAACCAAGACUCCACCACCUCGUGUCCCCCCUUCCGAGAGAGGAUCCUGCUGAACCACAAGCUGUCCUCGUACAGGGACUACCUACAAAGUCGCUACAGAGCACGAGUAUCCACAUCAGUCACACAAUGGCCUCCCGUCUCAACAAAAACAAUUUUCAAACUGGCCAUGAUUCAGAAGGAGAAAAUACAGAGAGGCAGAAUUGACGAUGAAUUUUUUAGACUAUCAAUCACAGCAAAAAUUGACGAUAUUUUACUUCAAAAAACUCCGGUUGACUUGAUAAACAUUUUCUCUGAGAUUAGAGAUAGACGAAACUUUGUGUUGAUUGAAGGAGCUCCCGGCUCUGGCAAGAGCACCCUUGCUCUACACAUCUGUCAGGAGUGGGCAAAGGGGAAACUGUUCCAAGAGCUCGAUAUUGCAAUCCUCGUGAAACUAAGAGAUCCCCUCGUUAGAGAAGCCAUUACAAUUGCUGACAUACUUCCCUGCAUUGAUACGGCCGAAUAACAGAAGAUGGAAUGAAGACGCUUGCCAGACAUCUAACCACCCACUGCUCUGAACUGACACGAUUGUGCAUACCCAGACACCUAAGAUCCUGUAUCGAGACAGUAUUCAGGGACGCUAACAAAGAAAGGAAGAGAAAUGGACUACCUGAGAUUAAUGUGUAUGCAUUUAAUCUCGACCAUUGCAUGUACUUUUGACAACUAUUAUAUUUUAUUCUACAAUAAUAAUUAUCCAAUAUUGCUUCGAGAAAAGAAAAAAGUAGCGUACAGACAUAAUUAUUACACGU